CUGGAACAUUAUGGGUGAUCUGGCUCCAGCUCUGCAAACAGCCUGAGUCAGUUCCAGGAAGGGAAACACCCAAUUGCUGCUGCUGCAGGCGGGGCAUAUUUCUGAGCUCAGGAAAGUGAAACUAACCCUGUGACACUGUCCAGAGGGAACCAUGGCCACAGACAACCCCGUGGAAAGUCUCCAGGAGGAAGCUACAUGUCCCAUCUGUCUGGAGUAUUUUAAGGACCCUGUGAUUAUAGAUUGUGGGCACAAUUUCUGCCGAGCCUGCAUCGCCCAGUGCUGGGAGGGAGCGAAUACAGACAUCUCCUGCCCUCAGUGCAGAGAAACUGUGCAACAGGGAAACCUCAGACCGAACAGGCAGCUGGCAAAUGUUAUAGAAAUAGCCAAACGGCUGAGUUUACAGGCAGCAAAGGAAGCAGGGGAGGAGAGGGUGUACGGGGAACACCAGGAGACUCUGAAACUGUUCUGUGAAGAGAAUCAAACCCCCAUCUGUGUGGUGUGUGACAGAUCCCGGGCUCACCGCGCUCACAUGGUGGUUCCCAUAGAGGAAGCUGCCCAAGAGUACAAGGAGAAACUCCAGGGAGCCCUGGGCCCUCUGAGGAAGGAGCUGGAAGAGGCCCUGGCUCUGAUGUCUGCAGAGGAGGAGGAGAUCACAGAGUGGCAGCUGACGGGCAGCAAGCGGCUGGUGCUGUGGGCUUCGGGGGAAGAGUGGGAGCGAGGGCUCCGGGCGGAGCGCAGGCCGCACUCCACAGGCAGCAGGUCUGCAGCCUGCCCCCAAGUGGAGGGACGCUACAUCCUGUUCGGGGAAACUCAGCCUCCCCUGGCCUAUGGUACCUGCCAUCCAGGGUGCUGGCAGCAUCAGGCUGCGUCUCUGGUGGGGAGACAGCAGCUCCUGUAG